UGAUCGAAACAUUAUUGUGGUCGUACUAGUCGUCUACUGUAAUCCUGAGGAGCGUGGGACCUGUUCUUCAACGCACACCCUGCGAGCUACUGGUCUACCUGUUCGCAAAAAGUCAAAGCAAGCUUUCGUGUUCAAAGUCUUCUAUCAUUCUUCCAUCUCCUUUAUUGACAUUUCUCUUCUUCACACGCCGAUGAACUUGAUAACAUUCCUUUGGUCAGUUCUGUUGUUCAUAUGCUUCUUUAAUCGAUUUUAUAUUCCUUUCCUUUUUCUGUAUUCAAAUUCAUAACAAAUUUAGCUCCAUCGAUUUCAUACUUCUACUUCUCUCAUGUACUUUGAGCGCAAUCCGGUUUUGAACUGUACGGAGCUUGUCGAGAAGUGAUAUAUCGCCCUUUUGGUUUUAAAUCCAUCCAGGAUCCUGAACUUGAUGUAAUUGCCCUAAUUUUGAGAUGAAUUUCAUUCCGUUUAUGUUGUUGUUGCCCUGAAUUUGAAUUUUCGUGGCAUGAUGAGAUAAAUUAGUACUUAAGAUUCAUUUUGGCGUCUCAGGCAAUUGAUAGAAUCUACUAGUCAGCAUAGAGAACUCCUUGUUAUGGAUAAAUUCAGUUGUUGUUUUUGGAAGGCAGCUCCCCCCAAAAAUGGUGUUCAUGCAAACAAUGGGGGAAGCAACAUUGAUCUUAGUGUAGAACUUUUGGAUGUUGAAAAUAUGAGAUUGUAUAAAUACAAAGAUUUGCAAAUCGCUACUGGAGAUUUUAAACCUGAAAAUAAGAUAGGGCAAGGGGGUUUUGGUUCUGUUUACAAGGGAUUACUAAAAGAUGGAAAAAUAGUUGCUAUAAAGGUUCUUUCUGCUGAAUCAAGACAGGGUUUGCGAGAAUUCUUGACUGAAAUAACUAUUAUUUCAGAUAUACAACAUGAAAAUUUGGUAAAGUUACAUGGUUAUUGUGUGGAGAAAGAUCAUAGAAUCUUGGUUUAUGGGUAUCUCAAAAACAGUAGUCUAGAUCAAACCCUACUUGGGGGGAAUCAUUGUAGCAUUAAAUUCACAUGGGAAAUUCGAAGGAAGAUUUGUAUAGGUGUUGCAAAAGGGCUUACUUAUCUUCAUGAAGAAGUGCAACCUCAUGUCAUUCAUAGAGAUAUUAAAGCAAGCAAUAUUUUACUCGAUGAAGAUUUUACACCAAAGAUUUCGGAUUUUGGUCUUGCAAAGCUUUUCCCAUCUCAUUUGACUCAUGUUAGCACACGUAUUGCUGGAACUCAAGGCUAUUUGGCUCCUGAAUAUGCAAUAAGAGGCCAAUUGACAAGGAAAGCAGAUAUUUACAGUUUUGGUAUUUUGCUUUUGGAAAUUGUUACCGGAAGACCCAAUCAAAACAAACGGUUACCAGUUGAAGAACAAUAUCUUCUUGAAAGGGUAUGGGAACUAUAUAGGGAAGGGGAGCUAGAAAGGUUGGUUGACACUUCAAUGGAAGAUAAUGAUGAGGAUUAUGAUAAAGAUGAAGCUUGUAGGUACUUAAAAAUUGGGUUACUUUGCACCCAAAGUCUUCCAAAAAACAGACCAUCAAUGUCUAGUGUGAUGAUGAUGUUAAAUGACGAAAUGGACCUUGAUGAAAAAGAUUUAUCUGAUCCAGGGUUAAUUUCAGAGUUGAAAAACUUUAAAUCCAAUAAAACUACCAACACAUCAGGUAACAACACAUCAUCUAGUAACUCAGGAAAACAGGAGGAUAAGGAUUCCUCAUUGUAUGGACACUCAACAUCAUCGUUUGCCACUAUGAGUUUUACCACAAUUAAUGAUCGAUGAUUUCACAAUACACCAUUUUUUUUUGUCUUUUUAUAGUUGUAAAUUUUUUGGAAACAAAAUUUAUUAGUAAUUAUGACUUUGCCAUUAAGACAUGCUAAGAUUGGUGGAGGAUUGUUGAUGUGUUAUUUAUUUUAUUUUAUUUUUUUUGUAGAUAAGUAAUGUAUGUGAUAACAUUAUUUGGAUAGUUUUGAAGAAAGGAAAGUUGAAUUCCUUUGUUUGAUGGUGUA